AUGCCCACCACGACCAGCGAUGCUCUCAGUCUGGUCGGGCAGGUCGUUGUGAUCGCCCCACUCGUCCUCCUCUCCGCAGCAGAUCACUACCACAGAUCGGCCAAAGGAACGAGACGGCGAGUCGUAGGAUGUCUGCUCGGGUCGAAGGAGGGAAACCGUGUGAGAGUCACGAACAGUUUCGCCAUACCAUUCGAGGAAGAUGAGCGGGACAGCGCCGUCUUCUUCGCAGAUCACACAUACAUUGAGAACUUCGCCGAGAUGGCCCGCAAGGUCAAUGCCAGAGAACGAAUACUAGGCUGGUACCACUCCGGUCCACGGCUUCGCUCCAACGAUCUCUUCAUCAACGAACUCUUCAAGAAGUAUACGCCAAAUCCGCUCCUCGUUAUCAUCGACGUGCAACCCAAAGAGGUCGGCGUUCCCACGGACGCAUACUUCGCCGUCGACGAGAUCAAAGACGAUGGCACCAGCACAAGCAAGACCUUCGUCCACACUCCAUCCACAAUCGAAGCCGAAGAGGCAGAAGAAAUCGGCGUCGAGCACCUCCUCCGAGAUAUCAGAGACGUCGCAGUCGGCACGUUAUCCACACGCAUCACCGCACAACUACAGUCUUUGCAAGGGCUACAUCUACGGUUACGAGAGAUCGGCGCAUAUCUUCAGAAAGUCCUCGAUGGCGACCUCCCUGUGAAUCACGACAUCCUUGGCAAUCUGCAGGACAUCUUCAACCUCCUCCCAAACAUCUCUACCCCACCCGCGUCGAAGCCCGGCGCAGCUGGCAGCGUUGAGAACAGUGAACUGGCACGUGCCAUGCGUGUCAAAACAAACGAUCAGCUCAUGACCAUCUACCUCAGCUCGCUUGUCCGAGCCAUCACGGCGUUCCACGACUUGAUCGACAACAAGAUCCAGAACCGGCAGCAGGCGGAGGAGAAGGAGGGCAAGAAGGACGAGAAGAAGGUCGAGGACGGCAAGAAGGAAGAGGGCGAGAAGGAGAAGACGAAUGGUGCCGUCAACGGUGAAGCGAAGAAAGACGGAGCCGCGGCGGAGGACUCGUCGAAGACACCCAAGAAAUAG